AUGAAAGAUAGUCCAGAUUAUAACAAUAUCACCAAUGAAGAUAACGACAAUGACAAUAACAACUUGACAGAUUCCUAUGAGGAGGCGUUGAACAACAAUCUUGGAUCGAUCAUUCUCACCAAUGAAAAUGGCUAUGACGAUGGCGAUGACAACAGUCCGUCGAAAAAGAAAUCGACGAAAAAAUUGGAAAAAGAAAUGUUGAUAAGCGAUGCAACCAAUGGCAAUGACAACAGCGAUGGUGACAUCAACACCAAUAUUGACAUUGAACUGCAGGAUAUCAGUCUCACUCCAAACUCACCAAAGACUUUUGACUCUGCAUUGUCACCGAAAUCCAAUCUCAGUCGUUCGCCAUCGAUGACGAACUCACCGAGAUCUCCAGCCUCCGACUCCUUCUCUGACAACGAUUCAGAACCUGCUGCCAACAAGAAAUCGUUGGCAUCGUCAAUCGAAGAGAUCAGCCUGAGAGACGAAGAAUCAAACAAGUUGAAUCAAUCGACAGGUGAAAAUCCAGGAAUAACACGUCAGCAAUGGAUUCGUGUUGCCGUUGUCUAUGCAGCGGUGCUCUCCGACGGUCUAUCACUCACAUUGGUGCAACCUUUUCUUCCAGAGAUCCUAAAGGAGCGUUGGGGAUUCACCGAGAGUCAAACCGGUUUCGUAUCUGGUUUACUCAUUGGAAUUUAUUCAUUGGCGCGUUUCUUUUCUUCAUUUACAUUGGGUCAUCUCUCAGAUAGAUUCGGUAGAAAACCAUUUUUAUUAUUAAGUUUAAUAUCAACUUCGAUUGGUACAAUUAUUUUUGCAUUUAUGCCAAAUGUUUAUUUGGCAAUGUUGGUUAGAUUUGCAGAGGAGACUCAUCCAAAGUUUGCCAAGGCAGGCAUUUCCGCCGUGGAAAUCUCAAAGACUCAAAAGGAUUUCUCGUUGAUCGAAGGUCUGAGAAUUCUCUCAAAGGACAAAAAGAUUAUGAUGCUCCUGCUGCUUGGAAGUGUCAAUAGUUUCAGCAAUGGAGGUCUUCUCCUCUCGUUUGUCUUGUUUGCUUCACUCAGCAUUGAACACCGUGGUCUGGGAAUGGAUGCAUCAGAGAAUGGUAUCAUCUUUACGAUUCUCGGAUUCGUUGGAUUCCUAUUCCAAAUAACAUUCUUUAAGCGACUUUCCAAGAGUAUCGGACUGAAGAAACAAUAUCUACUUGGAACGGUUCUACUCUGUAUCGGUAUGAUGGUAUUCCCACUCACUUACACUGGAUAUUUGAUGCAAGGUAAAGCAAUGGUUUGGGUACUUAUCUGCAUUAUUGUGCCGCUCACCUCUAUUGGCUUCAUGCAGUGUUUGCCGAUCGUCGGUGGAAUGGUCGCAAAUGCCGCCAAGCCUGAACUCCAGGGACUGACUCAGGGUACUUCACAAUCGUUGAACUCACUGCUCCGUUCAUUUGGACCGGCAAUAUCCGGUGCAAUCUUCACAUUGUCCGUCACCAACUCGAUUCCAUUCCUCCUGUUUGCCAUAUUGAGUUUUACCUAUUUAAUAUUGGCUAUCAUUGGACUUUAUCUUCCACCAUCGGUCGACGUCAAUUCCAAAUCAUAA